GAGAGAGAAAUCUGAGGUACUUAUAAGGCUAAGUUUUAGUUCCAUGUUGCUUCUAACAUAGCAGAGAAACUACUCAGAAAAAAAGUUGGUUGUGAGAAUUCUGAGUUCAUCCUUUUGCUUUAUGGCUACCUAACAAGUUUUCUAGGGAGGAAAAAGCAUGUCAGGAAACUCUGGAUGCCCCUUCUUUUUCUGGGGACUUUUAGCCCUCUUGGGAUUGGCUCUGAUUAUAUCACUGACCUUCAAUAUUUCCCACUACAUAGAAAAGGAGCGACAAGAUAAAAAUUAUGGCUACUCUGAUGACUUCAUUCCAAGGAGUGAUGAAUAUGAGAUCGAAGACACUCCAAUUUAUGGUAACUUGGAUAGUAUCGUUGCAGAACCAAUGGAUGAAAAUUGUUAUGAACAAAUGAAAGCCCGACCACAAAGAUCUGUAAAUGACAUGAAAGAAGCCACCCCACCUGCACAGGUAGCUGCUGAAUCACAGAUGUGCUACGCCUCACUUAAUCACAGCUACAGGGGGAAACGUAGGAAGCCCAGGAAACAGAACUUAACAGACACGGAUACAGAUGAGCAAUUACCUGGGAGGGAUGCCAGUGUUUUGAGAACCGACUUGGUAGAUACUUUCUCACCAGAAAGCCAGCCAAUAGAAGAAAAUAUUCAUGAUGAUCCCAUCAGACUAUUUGGGUUGAUCCGUGCUAAGAGAGAACCUGUGAACUAACUAGACUGUGAUCUAGUUCAAUGGCAAUGCUUUGGUCGAGAUGAGAGCUCAUGUUAGUGCCUGCCUAGGAUGUAUGAGAUCCUAGUACCACCAAAAAUAAAGAAAAAAGAAAAAAGAGCCUCACAUGAUGCAGAAUUGCAAAACAGAGUGAUAAUCUGACCACUUCUUGCUAGAAUGAUGGUUUGCCUCUCUAUAGAUUAUGUCCAUGUGUACUAAAUCUUAUAGCAUUAUAAUAAGUUAUAGAAAUUCAGUUAAAAUGUCUAAGUAAUUUAAAUAAAGUUAUAUUUGCUGAUUGUUUAAUAACAAAUUCAGACGUUCACAAUAAUACCUGAUAUGGAAAUAAAAUGUUUUGAGGGAUUCUAAUGCUGGAGCUUAAAUUCAGAGCUCAAAGUUAGCACUUACCACUAGAGCCAAAGUUCCACUUCUGAU